GAUAUCAUCACAUAAGAGAAAGAAGAGCAAUUUCAUCGGUAUGUCUCAGUUUUUCUACACCAUGAAGAAAUGUUGUAGUAAAUGAAAAAGAUCUGUCAGGAUGAAUGUUUAGACUUAAACUGCAAGAAGUUAAUGUGUAAAACUGCAGACAUAUAUAAUGUAAUUAUAAAUGUGUUGUGAAUGGCAAUGGCCGAAGUGUUUAUCAGUAGGAAAAGCUGUAAAACCUGUGAAAAUAUAGUUAAAAGUCCGAAAUUUAUGAACUGAUGGUUACUUUUUCCCUAAGCCUUAUUAGAUAGCGAAAGUAUUUGCUAUCUGCUAUAUGAGCCUUGAUUUUCAGGAUUUUAAGAAAAUCCUACACAUAUCCUAUACAAAUGCAAAUAAAAAAUAGUUUUACUGACUUUGAGCUCUGGGGUCUAUACUUUCAGUCUAGUCUUUUCACAGUUUCUUUAUUUAUUGUUGAUACUCAAUAAUUUGAUUAGUACUUAAAUGAUUAAGAUACAACAUUUUGAAUCAUUUCAGAUUUCAUUGGUAUUGCACAGGACUGUAAUUGCUUGGGAGUAUACAGGUAUCGGCCUGUACUGGACUGAGUUGUGCUCUCAUGAAGGAACUGCUUGAGAAACCGCGUCGAUGCAGAAUCUAAAAUUAGCUCUUCUAAUGACACCACGUAGAAAUGUGUGCAAACCGAAGACAGCACUGAAUAUAGUCCAGAUUAUCUAAUCCUGAUCCAGUUACUUGAUCAAGUGUUCAUGUCUGAAGACAGCAAUGGCACAAUGUCCAGCUGUGUGGGUUUUGCAGACACAAGUCGAAACAAUUCAGCAACAUUAUUACUCCAUCGUCACUGUUAUGCAGCGAUAUUGGUCUGUGGCAGAGCAGAUACUGUGGAUUUAUGGCUUUAGAACCAAAGACAGAUAAAAUUACUUCAUGAAUGCUUUUGACUGGUAAAGUUCUAGCUGGGCUUUGGUGGGGAAAAAAGUCUCAUGUCGCUUAUUAUUAUGAUGCAACAAAUCACAAUCAAGUGCCUGAAUUUGAUGAACAAUAACAUGUUGAACUGACAGCAAUUUCAAAGCACUAAUGCAUUUGUAAUUGUUACAAAACAGUGUGGAUUCCAAAAUUUUGCAGUUAGAUCACUUUGCCACUAGAUGGCGAUAUAUAAGCAUGAGAGGAGUGGAUGUGUUUUUAGUGGUAUCUUGUUUCUUGGGUUAAAGCCAGUAGUCCUAGGAUGCUGAUUAUACUGUGGGAGUAAUCAACUUCACUUAUGUUUCUUAUAUUUGGAGAAUUCCCAGGAAGAAUACAAGGUACACAUCAUUAAAGCUGUGUGGACUGUGAUGUGAUAAGCCUGAAAAACACUGGCUGAGAUGCUGUUUUUAACUCGGAUUGCCCCAAAGUGAUUGCUGUGGCACAUGCAUGUCCUUCAGGGUGUAAAGUUAGACAAACUUUGUUUGUACGUUGUAUCAAAAGAGAGCAAAGGGCCGGUCACAUCACCGCCACGCCAAGGCACACAAUGCCUAGUGCAGUGUAAGCAGUUGGGUGAGCAGAGAGCCAGGGCUGUGGUGUGUGGAAAAUGCUAGUGGAGGCAGACAAUGCAGAGGUCCGAGGCCUGACCAGCCCUCAGAGGGACAGGGGUCGCCUCACUGCGACAACAGCCCCUGUCUCCCUCCCUUCUUUUUCUUUUUGUGAGCUGCCACAGGAUGGGCUCAGGGAGGACGGUGAAGUUUGCCCUGUGCGAGGUGCUGCAGUUUGCAGGCCUGUGCGUGCCACUCUUCAUCGUCAUGCAGAGGUUUGCCGUCAUCGUUGCAAAGGUCAAAACAUCAGCACAACCCCCCGGAGACGGCAGCACUGCCUACUGGUUGAUCGUGGCCUCCUCUAUUGCCUAUGUGACCUCCACUGCCCUGCUGGUCUGGGUACCCCUGAAGUAUAUGGUCUUCAUGAAGAAGAAAUUUCUCAUAGGGAGGAAGAAGUGGAGGCCAGUGACCCUUGUUUAUGUGAUCCUAUCCACAUUACCCUGCUUUGCCUUUCUCAUUGCCAGCUCUGAGGUUCAGAUAAAUAACAACCUGAAACAUGAUACAUUCACUGAGCUCCCCGUGUCACUAGUCCUCUUCUCACUCAUCUGCAUUGACGUUGUGGAGAGGAUACGGCACUGCAGGCUGACCGGCCAGGCUAAUGACACCGAAAGAGAUGCUGACAUCCCCUCCACUGUCCUCACACAUGUGGAACAGGUAGCACCAGUAACACCUAUCACCCCAGCUGUGCCAGGGCCAGCUGUGCCCAGGCAAGGUGUGCCCACUCCUAUGCAACCAGGAGCAAACCAGCUCAAUGACAGGAACCAGAACGGAGCAGGAGCUCGACCAGAGACCAAUGGGACCCUACCGGGCAUACCAGGUAACAAUGGGAGGCCAUAUGGCAUGUCUGGAUUGAAUCAACCAUCAGGAAGCACCACACCGUACCACAUAUCUCCCUAUGCAUACACUGGGCCUCUGAGAUUCCUGUGUGCUACUGAUGCCCGUGCAGACGUGUUUGUGGACAGCUUUAUGUUCUGGAUGGAUACGGUGGAGAUGGUGAGAGUGGCAGGACAUCCUCUGGUCUACUACUCAGGCUGGGUGUUUCCCAUCUAUAUCUUCAGCUACCUGUCAUGCUUGCGUGUGGUGGUCAUGCCCCACAGCCCACUGCUUUCCUCCCUAGGAGUAGCCCUGCAGGAUUUACCCUUCUUCUUUGUGCGUGUUGGCCUCAUUGCCUUCUUUGGCUUUGUCACGCCUGUCCUCUAUCUGAUGAAGAACUUGUUGGUCUCGCUGGCCUUCAUCUACUUCAACUUUAUGACCAAGUUGAAGGUCUUCAACACAGAGAGGAUGUUUUUUUGAGACCAGCAUUCAAGGGCAAACAACCUUUUCCUUAUUUUCUGCCAUAUAUACACUAAAUACUGUCACAACAGUGGGUGCUCAUUUUAAACAGCCAAAUUUGUAGAUGAUGGCUUCAGACUGCUCUAAACACUCUGUUUCAGACAGCUUUAUGUCUUCUAUGGCUCUCCAUGGCAUUAUAUGAUCAUCUCAGGCACUUAGCUUUGCCUGUGAGCACAGAAGCCCCACCUACAUGCUGUUUAAACCUUUGGUUUAUAAAGGGCAGCCAAUCAAAAGGAAACUGGCUAAACAAAGACUGAAAUGAGAUUUGUUUCUGAACCAUGUGUCAUGCACAGCUACUCAACUGCCUUAAAAGGGGUGGUUAAAGCAAAGGUUUGACACAAACACAGAAUGUAUUGAUUCAGAUAGUGGCUGCACCGGCACUUCUUAAAACGAGUCAAGUAAUAGGUUAAGUACUAAAAGAACAAAAGGACUUCUCAAGUAGUUAUUGCCAAGAGAGUUCAUACCAGAUGUUUACACCAAAUAACAAACCGGGCAUUGAAUAUAUGAUGUUUUAGUGAGGAGUAGAAGAACAAUAUGUAAUAUGUUCAUCAAAUCUGGCAUCACGCUUAAUAAAAACCUGUUUAACUAGAAGACAAUUAUUGAAAAAGCUCAGAAAAAAUCUAGCUCAAAUGUUCAAAUUUAUAAGACUGAGAUUAAUAUAUUGUAAUUUUCAAGCAUUUUUCUAGAUUGUGAUGCCACAGUGAUUUUCUAUUAUUACACCUAGGUUUUAAUGGUACAAAUGGCACUUAAACCUUGGUAUUUUUUAAGAUAACAUAAUAUUGAAUAACUUACGAAAACGUUCAUUCUCAGACUUCAUGAUGGAUUCACAAUUCACAGCUGGUGCAGUCAAACCAAGUAUGAAUUUGUGCAUGUGACAAAAUGCAUGAUGGUAAUUUUCACAGGCCAAAAGGGAGCUCUUAGGCAAUGGAAACUACAUGUCGAGUGACUAUUGUCAUGUUAUGUCCAAAUAUACUUUUUUUUAAACCAAGAAUGGCACUUUGGUAAUGUACCUGUAAUGUAAUGAUUUUUCUACAAUCAGAAAGUGCGGUGAAUAUGUAAAAGCAUAAAUUCAUGUUGUUUAUAUUAGGGUUUUUUUUUUUUUUUUGCUAAGUUUCUAUACAAAAAGAAAAACUGGUGUGAGAUUGUGUCACUGAUACAUAUAUUUUGGUCAACUUAAUAAAGAAACUCAUAAAAUAUGUUGCAACUUUGACUUGUGGGAUAUUUUUUUAUGCAGACAAAAUUCACUGGCACUGAUCCCCCAUGUAUGUUUUUAGGAAUAAAUGCUUAAAUGUU